CCUCGCUCGCGUACCUGCACUAAUCAUCGUACUCGGUAUCCUAAUAUGGCUACAAGACGAAGCCAUCCGAAGUCUCGGAACGGUUGUAUCAUCUGUAAACAGAGGAAAAUCAAGUGCGACGAGUCGCGUCCAACCUGUGCUAACUGUCUACGAUACGGCGCCAGCUGCAGCUUUACGCCUCCCAAAGCUGUUCCUCUUCCUGUGCUAGCUCCUGCUCGCCUGCCCAUUGGAGCCCUAUCCUCAUCCUCUCAAUCACCAGAUGAUACAAACUCUCUGGGCACGGACUUGCAAACAACUUUUACUAAUCUUGGCAUCUUAGCCAACCCCAGCUCCACAAUAUCAUCAACCCCGUCGGGACUCGACGAAUGUCGAGAAUUUGAACUAUUGCACCACUAUUGUACCUUUACAGCCGAUUCAUUAUCUCAACGUCUAGAUAGACGUCACAUCUGGAGAGUCGUCCUGCCACAAGUUGGUUACCACCAUGACUUUGUUAGACAUGGCGUCCUCGCCCUCUCAGCCAUACAUAAAGCGUAUUUGAACCCGAGCCAACGGCAGGUCUAUUUAGUUCUUGCAGCCCAUUAUCAAUCCCAAGGCUUAAGUGGAUUCAGAGCCAUAUUGCCCCGCAUUACAUACAACAAUUGGAGAGCUAUAUUCUGCUUUGCUACUAUCGUGAUAGUUUAUGUUUACUCAUUACCAUUAAGGGCAGAUGAUCUGAGGCUUGAGAAGCCUGUCCAUAACUUAUUGGAGCUGUUUACGGUUGUUCGGGGUCUGCGCGUUACUCUCGAACCGUUCACUCAUCUGAUAGCAAAAACUGAAUUUGCACCCGUAGUUCAUGGCAUAUGGAUUCCUGAAGCAGAAGAAAAAAGCGUCCCCUCUCUUGAGCAUACCUUGCUUCCUCCAGAUACGUUUCCUGUCCUAUCUUCUCUGCGAUCACUGCUUCAGGGAGAAUUGCCUCUAUCUAAAACACAACACUAUGACCGUGCUGUCGAUGGGCUGGAAACAUGUACUAAACUCGUGGCAUAUGCUGGCUCAUAUAUCGAGCCUGGCAUGGUAAUAUGGUGGUCAUGCAUACUCGACGAAACAAUUAUCAAAGACGUGGAAUCAUCUGACCCGCACGCUUUAGUCCUCUUAGCACAUUUCCUGGUGUUGAUGAACGUCACAGAGCGGGUUAAUUGGUCCGUGAAAGGAUGGGCGAAACCGGUACUUGAAGAUAUUGAAAGAUGUUUACAUGACCGGCCCGGAUUUAUAGCUCAUCUUCACUGGCCAAAGGCUCAUAUAAAUGUAUAGCCCUUUGGAAGAGAGACUCGACAAUAUCUUUAGGUUGUAUGGGCUAGGCAGAAAUCUAUUUGCUUAGUCGCACACGUCCAAACCGAGGAUUGCAAUCAAUACGUAAAGGUUUAUUCUACAAGCCUCCAUUGACGUUUCUAGGCUCAUGACUCGGAUGCCUC